CCGGUGUCUCUGUCUGUCAAACUGUUUAGCUAACGUUAGCCAGCUAGCCGAAUGAUAGCAAAAGAGGUGGCAAGCAGCUGAAGUUGGUGCGAAAAUCUCGCUGGGAAGCCGGGUAACAACUCCACUACAGGGUUUUUUUUAGGUCUCUUGCAAAUAAGCGGAUGGCACCGGCAGUACUUGUCGUGGGACCUACAUAAAAAGAGGGACACACGUUUUUGAACCCCUAUGAGUUAUGAACCUGAACCCCUUCUGGAGCAUGUCUGCCAGUACAAGUCGAAAGCCAAGGUCUGACGGCGAGGAACAGAGCGGGCAGGGGGAGCAGAGAGCCAGCCCAGCCCGGCCACCCUUUGGCAAAAAGCAGCUUCCUGCCAUCCCUAAGAAUGCAGCUCCCAUUACCAAGCCUGCAUCAAUGGCCGCCUCGGCCCAAGCAGCCAAUGGCACACACGCCUCUUAUGGCCCCUUCUACCUGGAGUACUCCUUGCUGGCAGAGUUCACACUAGUGAUCAAGCAGAAACUCCCAGGAAUUUAUGUACAGCCAUCUUACAAGUCUGCUCUAAUGUGGUUUGGGGUCAUAUUCAUCAGACAUGGCUUGUACCAGGAUGGAGUCUUCAAAUUCACUGUGUAUAUUCCAGAUAAUUACCCCGAUGGAGAGUGUCCUAGAGUGGUGUUUGAUAUCCCAGUCUUCCAUCCCCUGGUGGAUCCUGUGUCUGGAGAGCUUGAUGUCAGAAGAGCUUUCACCAAGUGGAGACGGAAUCACAACCACAUCUGGCAGGUCUUGAUGUAUGCACGUACUAUUUUCUACAAGAUCAACACCAUGGAACCACUCAACCCAGAGGCUGCUGUGCUAUAUGAAAAGGAUGUGCAGUUAUUCAAAAGCAAGGUGGUGGACAGUGUGAAACUAUGCAACAGUCAUCUUUUUGACCAGCCCAAGAUAGACGAUCCCUACGCAAUAAGCUUUUCUCCAUGGAACCCAGCUGUUCAUGAUGAAGCAAAGGAGCGGAUGUUUACGCAUAAAAGACGGCCUGAGGAUCACCACAAGGGAAUGCAAGUGUCAGGACUGUCUUGGGUGAAGCCCGGAUCAACACAGCCCUUCAGCAAAGACGACAGCCCUCCUCAGAGCUGAGCCUGCACUGGCACAGCGGCAGCCACUAGAGGGAGGCAGAGAGCAGGAUGCCAUGCCACAGACCUACCUCAGCUGUUCAUGUGAUUUGGAUCCUUGAAACAGUUGAGCGGAAAUCACAUUAACUCUCCCUGUUAUUGCUCAGCUUUAAAAGCUUUGUAGGCAUCAGCUCAAACAGCUUUAGAAUAAGGAAACAAAGUUUGUGUUGUAUGUAAAUUGACAAUGACAACUGGAUGUCUUAGCAACACCACGUAGGUUGUGAUGCAAUCAAAGACCUUUCUCAUUUCGCUUUUCGGAUCUGUGUACACGCUUUGGGCUAGGUGAUAAGGUGACCUCCAAAAAGGGGCUGAAAAAGUAUGAGCAAAGUAUUUUGCAUUCAUACGGUAAGUACAGGCUUAUAUAAUGUAUACAGCUUGUUGAAUCUGGCUCAGGACAGUUUAUUUUUUGGGACUUGGAAUGUUACGAGUCACAUUUUUGUGGAUGGACUCAACCUAGACACCCCCUGCCCCUAGGUAAUAUGAAAUUGGGUUGACACAUGUUUUUUAUUUUACUCAUUUCUCAUUGGACAAUAAUUAGGUUUUAUUGUUUUGUUUUAUUUACUGUGUAAACUGUCUUAAAUAGUUGAUAAUAUAUAAAUAUAUAUCAAGCAGAGCAGGCAAGUAUGGUUUUAAUUUAGAUGCUAAAUUAAGUAAUCCUGUAUUUUGUUAUCUUGAUUUUAAAUUGUGUUGAAUGUUUUCUGUACCCUUAAUGGUUAUUAAAGGUUUGAUGUGUAAAUAAUGGAUGCUGUGCAAAGGGUUGACUUCAAGAGACACAUUGGCUGCUAUGUUUGGAUUGUCUAAAGAAAUUACUUCUGUCGCUGCAACUUUGACAUGAACUCCCUUAAGGACCUCUAAGUCAAAGAAAUUGCAGAGAAUGGAAAAAUGCGUUUUGAUGAGUUCAAGGUCUUGUAUAGUUGCAGAGUAGCUCAACGUGGACUGAAACAUUGUUCAGUCAAUAUACACGAGUACACGAGUUCCAUAGUUUCAGACCAAUAUAAAUUUUUACAUUUGACCAUGUGAAGAACAAUCUUUAUAGAGUGCCUGGUUUGAUAGUCACAUUGCCCAGCCAGCUUUCGACAUGCGUUGCAUCGAAUACCAACCAAAAUCUUCAAAUCUAUUCAAGAAACUAAAGGUUUGCAGAAAGGAAUGAAACCUUGAAACAGGAACACUACCAAGAGGAAAGGACUGUUUUGAAUUAUUAAAGUACAGCUGCUGUGGUGCUGAAACCUGUAUGGGCUACUUAUAGCUGCUGUAAAAAGAAGUAAACAGCAAUUCUUUGUACUUCACACACUGUCAUUUGGACUGUUGGCAUCAGCAAACGUGUGUUGACCUCAUAUUUGUUCGGUAUGGAACGAUUCAUUCAUUCUCCAUUACAGAACUAUAUAGAUUAAGUGAGAAUUUAAGGCUUUUCUCUGAAAUCAAAUAAAAUUUUGGAAA